AGGAGAUUGGUGUGUGAGUGAGUGAGUGUGAGAGAGACAGACAGACAGACAGAGGGCGAGAGGCAGAGCCAUGGCGAGCGGGGAAGGAGACAACAGGAGCACCAACUUACUGGCUGCAGAAACUGCACAACUUGAGGAGCACUUGGAGGGAUGGGGAGAGGUUAUGUUGGCAACAGAUCAUGUAUUGCGAUGGGAAAAGGCCUGGCUCCCUGCUGUGAUGAUGGUUGCGGUGUCAAUGGUAUUCCUGCUAAUCUACUGGUUGGACCCAUCAGUGCUGACUGGCGUGUCGUGUGCUAUCAUGUUGAUCUGUUUGGCAGAUUACCUUGUCCCAACCAUUGCUUCUCGGAUCUUUGGUUCCAAUAAAUGGACCACAGAGCAACAGCAGCGAUUCCACGAGAUCUGCAGUAACUUGGUAAAGACCCAGCGUAGGAUUGUGGGCUGGUGGCGGCGUGUCUUUGCACUGAAGGAAGAGAAGCCCAAAAUGUAUUUCAUAACCGUGGUCAGUGUUCUAUCUGUGGUGGCUUGGAUUGGGCAACAGGUUCACAAUCUCUUCCUUACUUAUCUGAUUGUGAGUUUCUUACUGUUGCUGCCUGGUCUGAACCGACGUGGGAUAAUCAGCAAAUACCUGGGAAUGGCCAAGAGGGAAAUCAACAAGCUACUCAAGCAAAAGGAGAAGAAGAAUGAGUAAUGAAGACUGGAAUUGACGGGAGUUCAAAAUGUUUCAUUGCUGAUUUCUUUUAACACGAGGAGCUGUCAAUUUUCUUCCUGAAUUAACAAAAAUAUAAAGCUCUUCUGUAUGUUCUCUGCUACAAUGUAUGUUUGAGUGUGAGUGUGUGUGGAGGGGUGUAUAUAUAGUAAUGAACCUGAUGUUACAAGAAACUAAUUAGGUUUUGCUUCUCAUCACUUUAAGGCUAGUAACGUUUUUAGAUCAGGAAUUGCUACUUAGUUUAGAAUUUUAUUCUCGAUUGAUCUCUCAUGACUGAUUCUUUGUGUUUGGUGUUUUUUUAAAUAAAAACUCCAUGAAUGCACUAGAAGUUUAAUUAUAAAGUAUUCUUUGUUACAUGGUGUUGUUGAACUGCCUGAUGUCUGUGCAAUCACUUGCAUCGCAGAUUCUUGCUGGAGAAUUGUCCACACGUUAGAGGCAAAAUGCAUUUGUGGUGUUAUCUACUGUCAGGAUCUGAGUCUGGCUAUCUGAUAUGACUACUGUAUGUAAUUGUAUGAGUUAAUACACAUGUAAAUAGGAUUGUCUUUUACUCUGUAUAAAUGUUUUUGUGUAUAUUUGUGGUGAAACAUUUAGUUGUGUUCUAAAACUGUACUCUCUUAUAGCUUCUCAUAAAAUAAAAUCAAUAAAACGCC